CAUUUUCAAUCCAUCAAAACUGAUUUGUGCGUAUAGUAUCUGAAACUUGUAAUCUUUUUUCUAUUUUUCUAUUUUCAUCAAACAAACGAAACAAGACUUAAGAUGGCCUACUCCAAAGGCAAUCCUAGUUAUGCAUCCUGUGCUCUUACUGUCUUGCUUCUCAUUUUCCUAGCAAGCCCAAUUUUCGCCAUGAACGUGAUCGACAAAUGUUGGCGAACUAAUCCUAAUUGGAGGAGAAACCGUCAGCAACUAGGGCGUUGCUCGGUGGGUUUUGCAGGAAAAAUGACAAACAAUAUAGGACGGGGUGCGACUCAUUACAGAGUUACCGAUCCGAGUGAUGACCCGUUAAAUCCUAGAUAUGGGACAUUGAGAUAUGGGACUAGCAAGCUGAGAGGAAAGGUUUGGAUCACUUUCCAAAGGAAUAUGCACAUCAAACUCCAGAAGUCACUUCUUGUUGGUAGUUUCACUACCAUCGAUGGCAGAGGAGUUGAUGUUCACAUUGCCGGUGGGGGUUGCUUCUUGCUUCAAAGGGUGCAUGAUGUGAUCAUCCAUGGUCUUCGUUUCCAUCAAUGUCGCGCCCAAACUCCUGGCCUUGUGUUAGGACCAGGUUCAAAGAUUGUAAAUCUUGGACCUGUUGACGGAGAUGCAAUCCGGAUGGUGAGUUCUUGGAAGAUUUGGAUCGAUCACAACACCCUUUCUCAAUGCCAAGAUGGUCUAAUUGACGUCACACGUGGGUCUACUGACAUAACCAUCUCAAACAACUGGUUCAGAGACCAUAACAAGGUGAUGCUUCUAGGUCAUGACGAUGGGUUUACUCAGGAUAGGAACAUGAGGGUAACUGUAAUCUUCAACCACUUUGGUCCAAAUUGCAAUCAGCGAAUGCCAAGGGUGCGUUUUGGAUAUGCUCACGUCGCAAACAAUCUAUAUAAUGGAUGGGGUGUGUAUGCAAUUGGAGGAAGUAUGAAUCCAAGUAUAAAGAGUGAAGCCAAUCUUUUCAUCGCACCAAAAGGAAAGAAAGAGGUGACAUGGAGGCAGGACGGAUUAGGCAGAAGCCAGUCAUGGAAUUGGAGUUCUGUGAGGGAUAGAUUCAUCAAUGGGGCAUCUUUCAGGCAGACAGGAAGGCGUGUGGCAAGCCCGCGAUACAAUCGUGACCAGAGCUUCCCAGUCGCAAAUGUUGGAGCAGUAAGGUCAUUAACAAGUUCAUCAGGUGCCUUACGAUGCACUACGAGAUCCAUAUGCUGA